AGCCUCUCAGAAGCUGCUGUAAGCUCUUCAAGGUGCGGCAGAGGAAAAACAGAGACAUCAUCGCUAGCUAACAGCUAGUUCGGUUGACGUUUAUUUUUUAUGCCCCUUCUUAACAAAAGCCGAGACUGGGUUUGAUUUUUUUUUUAUGGAAAUGGUGAUGUAAAAGUAUCUUAUAGGAUUUCCAAAAUCGUCAACGAGCAUAUAAACCGAACCUGGGUCUCAGUAAAAAAAUUUUACCCUCAGUCGAAAAAAUAAAGGAGCUAAGCUACUAGCCUGUAGCUAAUGCUAGGAUAGCUAGCGGGCUAGCUUUCACAAGUGUGCUAACACCGAGAUCUGACUGAAUCGAUUUUUAAAGACGCAGAAAAUGGCUGAUGUUGACAAGCUCAACAUAGACAGUAUUAUUCAACGCCUUUUAGAAGUCCGAGGAGCAAAGCCUGGCAAGAAUGUGCAGCUGCAGGAGAAUGAGAUUCGUGGAUUAUGCCUGAAGUCCAGGGAGAUCUUUCUCAGUCAACCCAUUCUGUUGGAGCUGGAGGCUCCCCUCAAAAUUUGUGGUGACAUCCAUGGGCAAUACUAUGAUCUCCUGAGGCUUUUUGAAUAUGGGGGCUUCCCUCCAGAGAGCAACUACCUGUUCCUGGGUGACUACGUGGACAGGGGGAAGCAGUCCCUGGAAACAAUCUGUCUUCUCUUGGCCUACAAAAUCAAAUACCCAGAGAACUUCUUCCUACUGAGGGGAAACCAUGAGUGUGCAUCAAUCAACAGAAUAUAUGGUUUUUACGAUGAGUGUAAACGAAGGUACAACAUCAAACUCUGGAAGACCUUCACAGAUUGUUUUAACUGCCUGCCUAUUGCUGCAAUUGUUGAUGAGAAGAUCUUUUGCUGCCAUGGAGGACUGUCACCCGACCUUCAGUCCAUGGAGCAGAUCAGACGCAUCAUGCGUCCCACUGAUGUGCCUGACCAGGGCCUGCUGUGCGAUUUGCUCUGGUCCGACCCAGACAAAGAUGUUUUGGGCUGGGGGGAGAAUGACAGGGGCGUCUCAUUUACCUUUGGCUCAGAAGUGGUAGCCAAGUUCCUGCACAAGCAUGACUUGGACCUGAUCUGCCGUGCCCACCAGGUUGUUGAGGAUGGCUAUGAAUUUUUUGCAAAGAGGCAGCUCGUCACAUUGUUCUCUGCACCGAAUUAUUGUGGGGAGUUCGACAAUGCUGGUGCCAUGAUGAGUGUUGAUGAGACUCUCAUGUGCUCAUUUCAGAUUUUAAAACCAGCUGAAAAGAAAAAGCCCAACGGCAGCCGUCCUGUGACUCCCCCCCGCAAUAUGGUCACCAAGCAAGCCAAGAAAUGAGGGGACGGGCUAGGGACCAAAUGGCCAGAGAUGCACUCUUCUGGUCUGCUUUCAUCUUCUGCAUUCAAAGGAUUGGUUAUUUUUCACGCUGCCAAUACCGAAAAGAUAUCCACUCCUACUUGAUGAAAGCAAAAUAUUUUAUUGUUUUACUGUCCACAGGGGUAAAUUGAUAUGUCACCAUGGAAAACCUCAGGUGUUUUGCACUCCAUUUUGCAGCUAGUCUUUGCCACAUAUGACUGUUCAAUCAGGAAAAAUGUAAUAAUAUGGCUACUUAUGCACAGGAAUGCCUUGUUUGAAGCUGUGCAAAAAUUUUUCAAGUUUAUUUCAUGUCUUUCAUUUGUCAUUUAAUUCACCUGUAAUUGUUAACAAUGGUUAUAAAAGUUUGAGGAAAGUCACAGAGGUUUACUAAUGUAAUCUUUAUUUACAGUAAUUUACUCAUAGUUUCAUAGAGAAUUGACUACACUGCAUCACAUUUUUAAAUACCGGUAAGUCUUGUGCUAAAUUAAAAUAAUAAACAAGCACUCUUGUAAUGUCUAAAUCUUUCUAAUAAACUUUUAAGUGUGAUUUAGGUUGAA